AUGGCAAGGAAACAGCUACUGCUUUGGACCUGGUUGGCAUUCCUAUGUGGGUAUUGUGGAGCAAGUUCCUGUGGGGAGGAAUUUGUCACAGCCUUCCUUCAGAACUACUUGGAAAGUCAACCCAAUCCUAAGUUUGAGUUGCUUAUCACUGGAUAUCAUCCUGCAACAACCGUCACGGUCACAGCGAACAAGUCUACAUUCAAUAAAAAGGUUUCUGUCAAUAAGCAGACAGUGUCAGUUGAGGUCCCAACCUCUUUGGAGAUGAAGGGGACUGACAUCUUUGAUGGAGCUGUGUGGAUUCAAGCCGACAAAGAGAUCUCAGUUGUUUCCCACAAUUACAGGAGCUCCACAAGUGCUACCACAAUUGUGUACCCAACUCAUCAGUUGGGCACAUCAUAUUAUGUGGUAACACCAGUGGGGGAUAUGGCAAGCACUUUCAAGGAAUUUGCAGUUGUAGCCUAUGAAUUCCCCACUCAAGUCACUAUUCACCUGAAAGGGGCUGUGACAUUCCAAGGGAAGGUUUAUGCUGCAGGGAGCAGGCUUGUUGCUGACCUCAAAGCCUUCCAAGCAAUCCAGCUGCAAAGCUCAGCUGAUUUGUCUGGCAGCAAGGUUGAAUCAGUUGCGCCCGUGGCUGUUUUGAGUGGGCACAGCUGUGUCCAGCAGUUUUCAGCUUGCGACCAUGUUGCUGAGCAGCUCUUGCCUGUUUCCAGCUGGGGCACCACCUUCAUAGUUCCCCCAGUGCCCUUCCAAACUCAGACUGACAUUGUGUAUGUCGUCGCUUCCCAAGAUAACACUUUGAUCCAAUACCAGUCUGGGGCCACUCCAAACUCCCGCCGUGCGGUGGCUGGGGAAGUCAUCCAGUUUCAAAUGCAGCCAUCCCAGUCCUAUUUCUUCUCUGCCAAUGCAGGAAUCCAGGUCCUUUUCUUCUUUGUUGGUAACAGCAAGAAAUACGACCCUUUCCUCAUCAACGUUCCUGCUUUAAAAACCUAUUGCACAUCAUAUCACAUUGAUGGGAUUAAGGAGUUUGAUAAUUUUGCUGUCAUCGUAGCAAAAACCUUAGAUUCAAAUGGGAUCACAUUAGAGAAGAGAGCCAUUACAAAUGCCAAGUGGACACGCAUCCCUGGAACAGAGUAUUCUUUCAGUCAACUUAGCUUGGGCAAAGAAGCCAGUGCCCUCUCUGUAGAGCAUCCCAGCACUCCUUUUGGGCUCUUCAUCCUUGGAGGUGCAUUUGCUGAUGGCUAUGGCUCUGUGGCCCUUUGCUCUUGUGCAAAAUCCUGUCCUGAGAACAGCCAUUAUGAAGCCUGUGGGUCUCCAUGCCCGGCCACCUGCAGCGACACAGUUGGGCCCAAGGACUGUUCCUCGUUGCCUUGUGUGGGGGGCUGCCAAUGCAAUAAGGGCUUUGUGCUGGAUGAAGGAGAAUGCAUUCCCACUACGGUCUGUGGGUGUGUGUUUGAGGGGGACGCCUUCUCCCCCGGUGAGCAGUUCUGGGCAGACAAGACAUGCACAAAGCGCUGCGUCUGUGAUGCAAAAACCAGAGAUGUGAGGUGUUGGGCAACAAGCUGCAGAAGCUGGGAGCGGUGUGAGGUGCAGAAUGGAGUCCAGGACUGUUACCCUUUCAUGAAUGCCACCUGCUCUGCUUUCGGUGGCCCCCACUACCUUAGCUUUGAUGGCCAGAAGUUUGACUUCAUAGGCACCUGCGUGUAUCAGUUUGCUGCGCUGUGUGAGAAGCGGAGGGGCCUGGCUGACUUCCAGGUGCUCGUCCAAAAUGACCAUCGAGGCAGCCCGUCUGUGUCCUUUACCCGGCUUGUAGAAGUGAAGGUUGAUGGGGCAUCCAUUGUGAUCAGCAGAGACAACCCUGCAAAAGUUGUGGUGAAUGGAUUGCUGACCAACCUGCCCUUCAGCAUCGGCAAUGGCAGAAUCUCCAUAUACAAGAGAGGGCAAGAGGCAGUGGUCCAGACAGACUUCAAGAUGACCGUCACCUUUGACUGGCAAAGCCGCGCCACUGUGACUGUGCCCAGCAGCUACGAUGGCGCCCUGUGUGGUCUCUGUGGGAACUUCAAUGGCAACAAGCAGGACGAUCUGACCAUGAAAGAUGGCACAGUGGCUCCGCACCCAUCAGACUUUGGUCAGAGCUGGAAAGUGCGGGAGGUGCCAGGCUGCAGUGAGGGGGGCAAGGGAGAGUGCCCUGCACGGCUGACCAUCGAGAAGCGUCAACGGAGCCUCAACAAAGAGUGUGGGCUCAUCCUAGCCAAGAGUGGCCCCUUCAGAGAAUGUCACAGCAAAGUGGAUCCAGAAGGAUACUUCCAAGAUUGUGUGUACAAUUAUUGUUUCUUUGAUGGCCAACAAGCUGUGAUCUGCCAGGUCAUUGCCAGCUAUGCUUCAGCGUGCCAGGCAGCUGGGGUGAACCUCUAUCCUUGGAGAUUGGACACCUUCUGCAGUCUUUCUUGUGCUCCAAAUAGCCACUACGAGCUCUGCGCUAGCGGCUGCGCCAAGACCUGUGUUGCAGCCCCAUGUCCCACUAAGUGCCAGGAAGACUGCGUGUGCAACAAGGGCUUCGUGCUGAGUGGUGAUCGAUGCAUCCCAGAAUUCCAGUGUGGUUGUCUCCACCAAGGCCAAUACUACCAGGCAGGAGAUACAUUUUACCCCUCGUGUCAGGAGCGUUGCACAUGCCAAACUGGGGGGAGUGUGAGCUGUGUUGCAUUCUCCUGUGGCCCCAAUCAGGAAUGCCGGUUGUCAGAUGGCGUUCGGAAAUGCCACCCAGUUGGCAGCGCCACCUGUUCUGCUUCAGGUGACCCUCACUAUCUCUCCUUCGAUGGACUGGCCUUUGACUUCCAAGGCACCUGCAUCUAUACCUUGGCUAGGGCCAGCGGAAACAGCCGAGGUUUGAAUCCCUUUAUUGUCAAUGUGGAAAAUGAGGCCUGGGCGGAUGGAAAGGCGUCUGUCACCAAGAUGGUCUCGGUCAGGGUCUACGGCGUGACACUCACAUUACUACAGAACAAGGACGGUCAAGUGCGGGUGAAUGGCCUGUUCUACAAUCUCCCCAUAACCGUUUCUGCUGACCGGAUCAGAGUCUAUCAGCAUGGCACCGAAGUCCUGAUAGAAAUUGACUUUGGUCUCAUUGUGACCUAUGACCUGGUUUAUGACAUAAAAGUCACAGUCCCAAGCACCUACCAGAACCAAGUGGAAGGCCUGUGUGGGAACUACAACGGGAAGAAGGAGGACGACUUCCUGCUCCCCAAUGGCAAGACAGCCUCUGACGUAGCUGUGUUUGGCGCUGCUUGGAAAGUUCGGGUCCGUGGGGCAGUUGAAUCUUGCUCAGAUGGAUGCUCUGGAAGCGACUGCCCAGUCUGCGAGGAAAAGAAAAGGGAGGUCUUCAAACAGCGCCACUACUGUGGGAUCCUCACUGCAUCUGAUGGCCCCUUCAGUGCUUGCCACGGAAAGGUCGAUCCCAGGCUAUACUUCAGCAACUGCGUCUACGAUCUGUGCCUGGGUGGCGGGGACAGCAAGGUGUUGUGCGACAGCGUCCAGAGCUAUGUGUCUGCCUGCCAAGUGGCCAAGGUCUCGGUCAAGCCCUGGAGGAGCCCUUCCUUCUGCCCUCUGCGCUGCCCCGCCAACAGUCACUAUGAGAUUUGCGCCCAGCUCUGUGCCACCUCCUGUGCCAAGAUCACAGACUCUACGAAAUGUCCGGAGACCUGUGCUGAGGGCUGCCAGUGUAAUGAUGGCUUUUUCUUUAACGGUGUUGGCUGUGUCUCCGCAAAAGACUGUGGGUGCUUAAAGAAUGGACGCUACUACAAGCCCAACGAAAAGGUUCUGCAGAAUGUAUGCCAGGAGAGCUGCCGUUGCAUCCCAGGCCAGGGGGUUAUCUGCGAAGCCCAUAGCUGUGCAGCAAAUGAAAACUGUGAAACCAUAGAUGGUGUCUUGAGAUGUGUAAAUAAGGAUCCAUGUAAAUCCCUGAAGUGCCGAGAAAAGGAAACAUGCAGGAUUGAGAACGGCCAAGCCAAAUGUAUCCCAGACUUCUCAGGAAGCUGCUGGGGCUGGGGGGACCCACACUAUCACACCUUUGACACCUUGAAGUUUGAUUUCAUGGGCACCUGCUCUUACACUAUUGCCAAGUACUGUGGGAAUGAUGCUACGCUGGUGCCUUUCACUAUCGAUGAGAAGAAUGACAACAGGGGCAACCAGGCUGUGUCCUACGUGCGUCUGACCAACAUCUACGUCUAUGGGUACAAGAUCUCCAUCCACAAACUGGAAAUUGGAAAAAUCCGGUUAAAUGACAUCGUUACCAGCCUGCCACUGACCCUUGAAGAUGGUAAGAUCAAGCUGUACCAGAGUGGUUCCUAUGCUAUCCUGCAAACAGAUUUCGGCCUCCAAGUAUCAUAUGACUAUAACUGGUAUCUGCUUAUCACAAUCCCCAGUAGUUACUAUGGGGCCAUUUGCGGACUGUGUGGAAACUUCAAUCAAAACCCUGCAGAUGACAUGGCCUACCCCAAUGGCACAAAGGCUUCCUCCAUCGAAAGCUGGGCCAGCAGCUGGAAAGUCAAAGACGGGGACCCCUUUUGUUGGGAUCACUGCCAAGGGAAUUGCCCAACAUGUGAUGAGAGCAAGAGGGAGCGGUAUGGAAAGGAAGAUUACUGUGGGCUGAUCAGCCAAACCUCAGGGGGGCCCUUCAGAGAAUGCCAUGCCAAAGUGAAUCCAGAUGACUUCUUUGAUAGUUGUAUUUAUGAUGUGUGUCUCAACGGAGGGACCAAGAAAAUGCUUUGCCAGGCCUUGGAGGCCUAUGCUAAAACCUGUAGGAAAUCAGGGGCCACCAUAUACGAUUGGAGGACAACCUCUGGCUGUGCCUUGCCGUGCCCUCAGAAUAGCCACUAUGAGUUCUGUGGCAAUGCCUGCCCUGCCAGCUGCGCCGACCGCAAGGCUCCCUCUGCCUGCAAACAGCCCUGCGUGGAAACCUGCCAGUGCAACGAUGGCUACGUCCUCAGCGUCGACAAGUGUGUGCCUGUCGGGAGCUGUGGCUGCACCUACAAUGGGCUCUACUACAAACCUAGAGAAGAAUUCUGGGCUGAUGAGACCUGUGGUUCCCGCUGCACAUGUGAUCCCACCCUGGGCAUUGCGGUGUGCAAACCAGCUGGCUGCAAAGCCAGUGAGCAGUGCACUGUGGUCAACGGUGUCCGGGGCUGUCACCCCAGUGUUUCUGCUACAUGCAUAGCAACUGGGGACCCUCACUAUACCACCUUUGAUGGGAAGAAAUUUGACUUCAUGGGUACCUGCAUCUACCAGCUGGCUGGGCUCUCCUCUAAUGACCCGACUCUCAAGCCUUUCACUGUCAGUGUGGAGAACAACCACCGGAGCAGCAACACAGAAGUUUCCUACACCAAGGUGGUGACUCUGAAAGUCUACAAUGCAACCAUCAUGUUGAGCCAGGAGUAUCCACAAAGAAUCCAGGUUAAUGGCAUUUUUGUGAACCUGCCUUUCUACCAAGGAGACAAGAUAAAGGCUUAUAUCAGUGGUGUUCAUGGCUUCAUCAAGACGGAUUUUGACCUGAUUGUCACCUUCGACUGGAACAGCUACGCCAGAGUCACUGUACCCAGUGCAUACGCCAAUGCCGUUGGUGGCCUCUGUGGCAACAACAACUUGAACCCCAAUGAUGACUUCAUCAUGAAGGAUGGGAGACAAACGUCUAGCAUAUCCCAAUUUGCAGAGAGCUGGAAGGUGGCAGAGGUCCCUGGUUGUACACCAGGUUGCGCAGAGAAUUGCCCACCAUGUGAAGAGGCACAGAAACUCCCCUAUAAGGGUGACCGAUUCUGUGGGGUCCUCAUCAAAAAGGACGGACCAUUCAGGCAAUGCCAUCAGCUCAUCGACCCAACACCCUACUUCACUGAUUGCAUCUUUGACGUCUGCCAGUAUCGUGGCCGGCACAGCAUUCUGUGUGAUGCCAUUGGUGUUUAUGUGGCAGCGUGUCAGGACCUGGGAGCUGUGAUUGAACCAUGGAGAUCCAACAAUUUCUGCAGCCUUGCCUGCUCACCGAACUCUCGCUACGAGCUCUGCGGAAACGGCUGCCCUGCCACUUGCCGUGGUCUCUCGGCUCCUGAGGGGUGUGUGACGUCCUGCAAGGAAGGAUGCUAUUGCAAGCCUGGGUUUGUCUUGAGUGGGGACCAGUGUGUCCCUGUUGGCAGUUGUGGCUGUGAGCACCAGGGCAACUACUACAAGAAGGGAGAGGUUUUCUACCCUGGUUCCUCUUGCCAGGAACGAUGCCAAUGUGCAGACAAUGGAGUUGUCAAAUGCCAGAAAAUCUCCUGUGGGCCCCACGAAAAAUGUAGGGUGAAGGAUGGUGUCCCAGGCUGCCAUGCGGUAGGGUGCGGGAAAUGCAGUUUGGCUUUGGGCUCCCACUACGUAACUUUUGAUGGACGGGCCUACAACUUCCAAGGAACCUGCACUUAUACUUUAGCUAAAUUGCAAGGGAAGAAUUCUCAGCUGGCAAACUUCUCAGUGUUGGUGGAGAAUGACAGGUCAUUGACCAAGACGCUUAUAGUCUCUUUUCAUGGAUACACCGCUGUCAUUGAGAGGGCGAUGAAAUGGAAGCUCAAGGUGGAUGGACAGCUCUACACGCUGCCCAUGAAGACAAAGGAUGGGAAACUCUGGGCCAACCAGGAAGGCAAUAAUAUCAUUCUCCAGUCUGACUUUGGUCUCAAAGUCCUUUUUGAUACCUUUUCGUACAUCUUGGUGUCUGUCCCCAGUAACUACCAGGGACAUGUCACUGGCCUAUGCGGUAAUUUCAACAGUGACAGGACCGAUGACUUUACUCUACCUACGGGGAAAAGCACCCAGAAUGUGAUCGAGUUUGGGGCCUCUUGGAAGGUUCCCAUUGAUGGUGUCAGAUGCUCCGAUGGCUGUGGAGAUAAAUGCCCCAUCUGUGAUGCAGCCAAGACAGCGCCGUACCGACCGGAGAGUUCCUGCGGAAUGAUCCAAGCCAAAUCCGGCCCCUUCAGGAACUGUCACUCCUUGGUAGACCCGGCUGAAUUCUUCAACCACUGUCUGUAUGACAUGUGUGCAGCCAAUGGUGCCAGAGAAACUCUCUGUAGGAGCAUCCAGGCCUACGUCACUAUAUGUCAGGCUGCAGGAGUUACAAUUGGAGCCUGGAGAACAAACAGCUUCUGCCCUCUCACUUGCCCACCCAACAGCCACUACGAGUUGUGUACAAGGACCUGUGGUUCCACCUGCACCAGUUUGUCCACUCCGGGCCAAUGCUCAAAGAAAUGCUUUGAAGGUUGUCAGUGUGACAGUGGCUACCUGUUUGACGGUGACAGGUGCAUGGCAAUGGAGAACUGUGGCUGCGUGCAUGACGGGCGCUACAUCAAGGCUGGAGAGAAUAUUGUUUCAGAAGACUGCUUGAAAAAAUGCACCUGCCCAUCAGGCCAACUGGUUUGUGCAGAAAAUAGUUGCCAGCAAGGAGAAAUCUGUGCCCUCCAUAACGGUGUGCGCGGUUGCAUAAGGCAGAACGGAGAGUGUGCCGUCAUCCCUGGAGCACACUUGACUUCCUUUGACGGUGUCUCUGGGAAAAUUCUCUAUCUAGGGGCUUAUGAGGUUGCAACCCUUUGCAAUGGCAGUGACCCCUCUUGGUUCAAGAUCGUGGCAGUUGUCGACAAACACAACGGCUGGGAUUUGCCAGCGGUGACAACGAUACAUGUCUUUUUCAAAUGCCUGUUUCUCACUGUAAAACCGAACAAGGAGGCAUGGGCUAAUGGGCGCAAAAUUACACUCCCAGCAAAGGUCUCUGAAGAUGCCCACGUGAGCCUCUCUCAAGAUGGGAUAACUAUUCAUUUGGCCUCUGAAGUAAAAAUUCUGCUCGGACCUCGUGGGGAAAUGAAGAUGCAAGUCUGUAAAAGCCUGGCAGGAAAGCUCUGCGCCUCCUGCGGGAACUUCAACGGAAAUCGUGCUGAUGACCUGAAGCUGCCCAGUGGGAAGGUAGCAAGAAGCUUGUCUGAGGUCAUUGCUGUCUGGAAGGAGGAGGAAUUCUGUGCUAAGUGAGCGGCUCUGAGAAAGGUCUUUGACCAAAGAGGACAUUGAGGCCUAAAAGGUGCCUGAAGCAAAAUGAACCCCUCCCUAUGCUGCUUCUGGGAGAAACUUCGCAUUUAAGCUCUCGGGCAAAAUUCCUUGGCAUGGCUUAUUCCCUGGCUUCACAGUUCAGUGUUGCUCAACCUGAUAUCAGGUUUACUUUGACCGCCUAAUAAAAUGAUGGCACUUUUGCUUAAGAA